AUGUCGACACAUGCAAAAGCAGCAAAUUUAAAAGAGAAAAAGAAAACUUUAUGUGGAGCAUGUGACACACAAUUAGAACCUGAUCAUCCUGGCAUACAAUGUCCCCAAGGACAUCAUUAUUGUACGGAAUGUUCACAGCAAAUUGUUAGUUUAUUUCUGUCAGAUCCUCAAUCAUAUAUACCAUUACGUUGUGUUCAAUGUCAUGUUGAAUUAAAUACAAGUGUAUUUGAACGGCAAUUAACACCUGCACAAAUGGAGUUUUAUUAUCAAAAUAUGCUCGUAUUUGUAUGGGUAAAAGAAUUAGUGGGUCCUGAUGAACGUUUAGACAAUUGUCCAUUUUGUAGUUAUGCAAUUAUACGUGGUAAAAAUGAUCCACAUCUAUUCUUUUGUGAACGUCCAGAUUGUCAUAAAACAUCAUGUUUAAUAUGUCGAAAAGCUUGUCCUUCAAUUACUAGUGAUUAUCUUACUGAGGCUCAACAAGAAGAAAUUUUUCAACAUUUCACUUGUGCUGAAUUAGCUGAUGAUAAAUCUGUAUUUGAUUUAGCUGUAGAAAAUGGACAAAAAGUAGCUUGCCCUCAAUGUGGUUUAGCUGGUAUGAAAGAUGAUUCAUGUACACAUAUGACUUGCCCAACAUGUUCUCAAGUUUGGUGUUAUUUUUGUGGUAAACGACUUGAAGAUUGUGAUAAAGCACCAAAUGGACACAAUAGUAUAAUUGAUCAUAAUCAUGAUUGGGAGAAAAAUUCGAAACGAUGUCCAAUGUAUUUUAUGCAAAUUGAAGAGUUUGAUAAGCGAUGGCCAGAGGAUGAAGCACAAUGUUUAAUGAUGUUUCAUCGUAAUCGUUCAUUACGUUUAUUACGUGAAGUAUUUGAAAAACUUGGUAAAGAUCGUAUUGAAAAAUUAAAUCAUCAUUUUCAUGUACUUGAUUCAUGUGGUUUUUCACUCGAAGAAAUUCUUAAUGAAGAUUUAACAUUGAUUCAUGGUCGAGAUAGAGUUCGUCGUCGUAAUCAUAGAAAUUAA